UUGCUUUUAUUAUGAGUUCAUUGCACUUUGCUUAAAACUACGUAUGCACAUUAGGGUUAGCCGAUAUUUCACCUUAGCUUUGUGGAAUAAAAAAAACAAUUUAUGAAGAUGAAGUCAGCAAAUUGUCAUCACUUUAAAUUUAGUUAGGAGCAUCGUUUACGCAAUUUCCCCUCAUUUCCGUCUUCUCCUUUAAAGUUCCUGUUUAUGUUGCACUUUCAAAACCACUUUUAAAUCUUGCGUAUAUAAAAUGUGUGGAACAGCAUUUUAGAAGAAUUGAUGGCUAUUGUUUGCUAAAGCUAAAGCCGAUGUUUACAAACAUGGUUCAACACAAAACAUUAUGCUAUGAUGAAGCACUGGAGAAAAUAGAAAUUUAUUACUAUUGAGAUCCUAAAAUGAGUCGAUUUGGACCAUAUUUGGAUAAAAAUGUCCCGAUUGUGAUUAUUUUGAUCAUCCUUUUUUUAUCGAUUAAUUUCGACACCUCGAGCGGUGUUUUUACGGAACUAAAAUGGCGUCUUGUGCAAGCUUGCAGUGUCCCUUUAGAUUCGACCGUUUUCUGGGGAUUUCUUUUGCAGGCGCAGUCAGUUGACACGGAGGACGGCCCUGAAUGUCACACACAAGAGGAGAAACAAAAACAAGGAGGAGGCUUCACAAAGCUGCGGGAACAUUAACAGCGGCGAUUCCAUUCGUCUUGAUCUUCUGUCAUCUUCCACCCCGGUGAUGGCUUCCACGGACUUCCAUCCCACAGCUUGGGUCUUCGUUCGGGAGCUGUCAGCGAGUGCCCAAAUACGACUAAAUUCAUGACUCCGGUGUCAAACCCUGACAAAGACAUGGACGCACCGGACGGAGAUGAUGUGGGGGAUACCUGUGGUCUGGCCAAGUCUCGCUCCAGACGGGAGAAGAGGGAAAAAGUAGGGAGGAAGUCAGCUCUGGAGCAACUGAAAAAGGCCAAGCAAGGGGAGAAGAUCAAAUAUAAGGUGGAGGAGUUUAGCAGCGUGUACGAGGAGGUGGAUGAGGCACAGUACUCCAAGAUGGUCCGGGACAGACAAGAGGAUGAUUGGAUUGUUGAUGAUGAUGGAGUAGGUUACGUGGAGGACGGCAGAGAGAUCUUUGAUGACGAUUUGGAGGAUGAUGUGGUGGAACAGAAACAUGGAAAUUCCAGCGGCAAAGGAGCCGCAGCCAAGAAACAAAUGAAAAAAACCACAGUGGCAAAGCCCAACAGCAUUAAAAGCCUUUUCAUGAACAGUAAUGUCAAGAAGCCAGCAGAGAAAGACGUGGACUUGUCCAAGGAUGAUCUUUUGGGAGACAUUCUACAAGACCUGCACUCAGAGAAAAGCACCAUCUUGGCUCCGUCACCUGUGGUGACACUGAAGAAAAAGAAAUCCCUUGGAUCACCCAUGAAUCCAUUCUCUGUCAAGCCGCAGAUGUCCAGAGAGCCAGCCAUGGCCAAAGCCAUCCGUCCACCACCUUCUGACACCCCAAGGCCAUCACCCGCUUUGUCUCUUUCCUCGAAAAGGCCUCCAGUAGUGGAGAAAGACACAAAACCAGUUGAGAAGGAGGCGGAAGUGGCCGAUGAGCUGGUGUUCGACUCUAUGGACUUUGAUGAGCCGAUGGAGGUCGACCCUCUAGAGCCUGAAGUCAGAGAAGAAUCUAAAACGGCCCUCUUGGCUCCUGUCAAAGAGGAGCCACAGAACCGCACUCUCCUCAAGACCUCAGGAGGCUCAUGGGGGCUUGAUGAUGAAGAGGGUCCAGUCAAUGAGGCGCCUGCAGAGGUGGAGGUGGACUCCAGCAAGUUGCCGUUGGUGGAGGGUCCCGAUGGCGAGCAGCUUUUCAGAUUCUAUUGGCUGGAUGCUUUCGAAGACCCUUACACUCAACCAGGCGUGGUGUACCUGUUCGGAAAGGUGUGGAUCGAAUCGGCCCGGGCUCAUACAAGCUGCUGCGUCUGUAUCAGGAACAUCGAACGCACUAUGUACAUCCUGCCGCGCGAAUACAAAGUAAACCCCAAGACGGGCGAGGUGUCCGAUACGCGUGUUGAAAUGAUGGACGUCUACCAGGAGUUCAGUGAGCUUUCCGACAAGUUCAAGAUCAUGAAGUUCAAGUCCAAGAAAGUGGAGAAGAACUAUGCUUUUGAAAUUCCUGACGUAUCCACGCAAAGCGAAUACCUGGAAAUCCGCUAUUCAGCCGACUUCCCUGCUCUGCCGCCUGACCUUAAGGGGGCGACAUUUUCCCACAUUUUCGGAACCAACACUUCCAGUUUGGAACAUUUCCUUCUCAGUAGGAAGAUAAAAGGUCCAUGUUGGCUGGACAUCAAGACACCACAGCUGAUCCAUCAGGCCGUCAGCUGGUGCAAAGUUGAGGCUCUUGUCCCGAGGAUGGAUCUGGUCACUGUGGUCAAAGACUUGGCGCCGCCACCCGUCACGGUCAUGUCUAUCAGCGUCAAGACCAUCCAGAACCCCAAAACUCAUCACAAUGAGAUUGUGUCCCUGGCAGCACUUGUCCACCAUAGCUUCCAUAUGGACAAAGCUCCACCUCGACCGCCUUAUCAGACUCAUUUUUGUGUGGUGACGAAACCUACCGAUUGCAUCUUCCCUUAUGACUUCAGGGAUGCGCUCAAGAAGAAGAAUGCUAAAGUGGAGAUAGCCACCACAGAAAGAACGCUGCUUGGAUUCUUCCUGGCCAAAAUGCAUAAAAUCGACCCUGAUGUUCUUGUGGGUCAUGACAUUUUUGGCUUUGACCUUGAAGUGCUACUUCAGCGAAUCAACUACUGCAAAGUUCCUCACUGGUCCAAAAUAGGACGCCUCAGGAGAGCCAACAUGCCCAAACUCGGAGGCCGCAGCGCCUUUGCAGAGAAGAAUGCCACCUGCGGGCGCCUCGUGUGUGACACGGAGAUCUCGGCCAAAGAGCUGAUUCGCUGCAAGAGUUACCAUCUGACUGAGUUGACUGCGCAGGUGCUCAAGAUGGAGCGAGCCACCAUCCCACAGGAGAACAUCAGGAAUCUUUACAGUGAUUCCCCUCAUCUGCUCCACCUGUUGGAGCUGACAUGGACCGACGCCAAGCUGAUCCUCCAACUAAUGUGCGAACUCAACGUGCUACCGCUGGCCCUGCAGAUCACCAACAUUGCCGGCAACGUCAUGUCCCGUACUCUGAUGGGCGGACGGUCGGAAAGAAACGAGUACCUGUUGCUUCACGCCUUCCAUGACAAGAACUACAUCGUUCCUGACAAACCGUAUUUUAGGAAAAUGCAGACGUAUGAAGGAGAAGAAGAUGUUGAUACUGGGAAAGGGAAGCAAAAGAAGAAGGCCGCCUAUGCUGGCGGGCUGGUGCUGGAUCCUAAAGUUGGUUUCUACGACAAGUUUGUGCUUCUGCUCGACUUCAACAGCCUGUACCCGUCCAUCAUCCAAGAGUUUAACAUCUGCUUCACCACCGUGCAGCGGGAGGCCUACAGCAAGAAAAAAAAGACUCAGAACGAUGAGGCAGAAGACAUCCCGGAGAUUCCAGAUUGUAACCUGGAAAUGGGAAUCCUGCCCAAGGAGAUCAGGAAGCUGGUGGAACGGCGCAAACACGUCAAACAGCUCAUGAAAGCGCCGGACAUCAACUUGGACCUUUACCUGCAGUAUGACAUCCGCCAGAAGGCGUUGAAGCUGACGGCGAACAGCAUGUACGGCUGCUUGGGAUUUAGCUUCAGUCGCUUCUACGCCAAACCGCUGGCUGCCCUGGUCACGCUCAAGGGCAGGGAGAUUCUGAUGCACACCAAAGACUUGGUCCAAAAGAUGAACCUGGAGGUCAUCUAUGGAGAUACGGACUCCAUUAUGAUUAACACCAACAGCCAGUGUAUGGAGGAAGUCAUGAAGCUGGGCAACAAGGUGAAAGCAGAAGUGAACAAGCUGUACAAACUGCUGGAGAUCGACAUUGAUGGAGUGUUUAAGUCACUUCUGCUCCUGAAGAAGAAAAAAUACGCAGCUCUGGUGGUGGAGCAGAUUGGCGACGGACGCUACAGCGUCAAGCAGGAGCUCAAAGGCCUGGACAUAGUUCGGCGAGAUUGGUGUGACCUGGCCAAGGAAUGUGGCAACUACGUGAUUGGUCAGAUCCUUUCAGACCAGAACCGUGACAUCAUUGUGGAGAACAUCCAGAAACACCUGGUGGAGGUGGGAGAGAAGGUCGCCAAUGGAGACAUACCUUUACAACAAUACGAGAUCAACAAGGCACUGACCAAAGAUCCUCAGGACUACCCAGAUAAGAAGAGUCUCCCCCAUGUCCAUGUGGCUCUGUGGAUUAACUCCCAGGGUGGACGCAGGGUCAAAGCUGGUGACACAGUCUCUUAUAUCAUUUGCAAGGAUGGCUCCACAUUGGCAGCCAGUCAAAGAGCGUACGCUUUAGAACAACUCCAGAAGCAAGAUGGUCUCAGUCUGGACACACAGUACUAUCUGGCCAAUCAAAUCCACCCGGUGGUGUCCCGAAUCUGCGAACCUAUCGAGGGAAUCGACGGCGUGCUCAUAGCCACGUGGCUGGGUCUGGACCCGAGUCAGUUCCGAUCUCAUCAGCAGCACCAAAGAGAGCAGGAGGAGGACUCCACUCUAGGAGGGCCCAUCCGACUGACCGACGAGGAGCGCUACAAAGACUGCGAGAGGUUUACGUUCACCUGCCCUCAGUGCGAGAAGGAGAACAUUUACGAGAGCGUGUUUGAAGGAGCCGGAUCCAAGUUGGAACCCAGCUUUUUGCGAUGCUCUCACGUGCCUUGUGGCGGCCGCCCGAUCGACUACGCGUUCAACAUCAGCAACAAACUGCUUCUCGACAUUCGACGCCACAUCAAGAAAUACUACUCUGGCUGGUUGGUGUGUGAGGACCAGGCUUGUCAAAACCGGAUCAGGCGCUUGCCCAUUGCUUUCUCCCGCUAUGGACCCAUCUGCCCAAGCUGCAGCAGAGCGACCCUCAGGCCCGAGUACUCGGAGAAGGCCCUGUACAACCAGAUCUGCUUCUACAGGUUCAUCUUGGACUGGGAUUACGCAGUGGCCAAGUUACUACAGGGAGAAGAGAAAUCUCGCGCCGGCUGGUAUAACAAAGAAAAGGAUGUGUACCGGACGCUGAAGGAAGUGCCGGAGAAAGCGCUCACCGCCAGCGGCUACUCGGAAAUUAACCUGGCCAAACUCUUCCAAGCCUUCUCCUCCCUUAAGUAAAAAUGCCACGUCGUAUUAUAUUCCUUUGUUCGUCUAAUGGUUCUGGUCCACAUUUGAAAGCCAAAUCAAUCAGGCCUUUCAUGUAUUGACUCGCAUCAGCCAGAGGAAAAAAGGCGAGUAAUGACAUCUAAAUGACAGACUACUACUGUGUGUGUACAAAAAUGACUUCUCUCCAGAGAAACUCCGUAUUGUCCAAAAGCCCCUAAUUAGAUAAUAAUAGCGACCUCGGCCACUCCGACGACUGGAUGCCUGAAACCAAUGAACACUUGUUCUGAUUACCUCCAUUCAUCCUACUUGUGAGUGUCACAAGGUAGGAUGAUAAAGGAUCCAGGAGUAGACUUAAGUGAGGGGGGGGGGGCACACGUGUUGCGGCGCCAUCACUCUUUUGUCUCGAUAUCGAACAGCAAAUUUUCUCCUGCGCCGCUUCCGUUAAACUGUUUUCACGCCGCCCGCAACUGUUUUUAACGCUCGCCAUUUGAUGCCUGGUGUCGUAAUUACUCGACUCCUUCGUAUUGUCGUUUUGAUAUUGUUGAGAGGCUCUUUGAUAAUGAAAUAAUAAAAAGAUUCUUAGAAAUGUGUUUAUUUUGCUAAUUGUGUUGCUAGCCGCUGCCUCGGUUUGACAUGCGCUCUGCCUCAUGCGGCUUUGUUUUGAGUGACACAAAAGACAUUGACGAAAAUUGUUUAUGGGAGUUGUAACACUGCUUUGUGACCACUGCAAUAAUAAUGACCAAUACUCAAUUAA